CAUAAAUAAAGGAAAGACUUGGAAAUUUCAUAAGAUAGAAUUCAUGUUCAUAUUACAGAUUUUGAUGGAAAGGUGUGUGGUACAUAAUUCGCAUACAUGACAUUAAGGAAGGGGAACACUGUUGAUUUUUUACAUCUCUCUGAGCAACAACUGAAAUAAUAUAACAGAGUUGAUGGAAGGCUGCAGCUCUACAACAGUUCUGAAGUUUUUUUUAUUCUGCAUUUUGUCAUUUUCUGUUUCGCUAAACUGUAAAGUAGCAGCAGCCGGAGACAUUAUAGGACCAGAACAAAUCCUUAGAGAUGAUGGAAGCACUAUUGUUUCAUCUGGUGGUCAUUUUGAGCUUGGCUUUGUAACUGUUGGGAGUUCUGCAAAUCGGUACGUGGGUAUCUGGUACAAGAAGAUAGCCGUAAAGACAAUUGUGUGGAUUGCCAAUAGAGAAGCUCCUCUUAAUACUUCAUCAAAUCUCUUGAGACUUAACAGCAAUGGAAAUCUUGUCAUUCUCAAUGCUUCUGAUGAUGUGGUUUGGUCAUCAAACUCCACGGCAUCUGUGAAUAAUCCUGUCGUGCAGCUGCUGGAUUCUGGGAAUCUUGUCAUUAGAGAUGAAAGUGAGAGUGAUAAAUACCUGUGGCAAAGUUUUGAUAAACCAGGCGACACUCAAUUACCGGGUGCUAAGCUUGGGUGGAAUUUGGAAACUGGGCUUGAAAGAUACCUCACUUCUUGGAAGAGUCUUGAUGAUCCAUCUCCAGGUGAAUAUACAAAUUAUAUUGACCGUAAUGGAUUUCCACAGCAAAUGAUAAGGAAAGCUUCUGCUAUAGAUUCACGUGCGGGGCCUUGGAAUGGCCUUAGAUUUUCUGGCACGCCCAACUUGAACCCCAAUCAAAUUUACACGUAUGCUUUUGUUUCUAAUGAUAAGGAUUUAUAUUAUCAUUACGAAGCUGUUAAUAGUUCAGUUUAUACAAGGAGGGUGUUGAAUCCAUCUGGUCAUAUACAAAGAUGGGUAUGGAUCGAAAAAUCUCAAAUUUGGCAGGUUUAUCAUUCUGGACCAGAUGAUUGUGAUCAUUAUAGGGUAUGUGGAGCUUAUGGGAGCUGUAACAUUGACAAGUCUCCUGUGUGCAUGUGCUUCAAUGGUUUUCAGCCAAGAGAUAAAAAAGGAUGGGAUGCUGCAGACUGGUCUAGUGGCUGUGCAAGGAAAGAAAAUCUGAGUUGUGUGAAUGGAGAUGGUUUUGUGAAACAUUCAGGCUUGAAAUUACCAGAUACUCAGCGUUCUUGGUUUGAUAAGAAUAUGAGCCUUGGUGAGUGCGAGAAACUGUGCUUGAGCAAUUGCUCAUGCACAGCUUACGCAAAUACAGAUGUUAGAGGCAGUGGAAGCGGAUGCUUGUUAUGGUUUAAUGAGCUUAUUGAUAUUAGAGAUGAGAAAGAGAAUGGUCAAGAUCUUUACUUCAGAAUGGCUGCAUCUGAAUUAGGUAUUCCGAGUGUUAAUUAUGAAGCUAAAAAGGGGAGAUCAAAAGUAUGGUUCGUAUGGAUACCUAUACUGAUGACGGUAACAAUGAUGUGUGUAUGCCUGUGGGUAAUCAGGAACAAAAAGAAGAAGAAGAAGAAGCACGCAGAAGAAAAUGCAGGGAUAACAAACCCGUAUUUUGAAAACUGUGGGAGCAAUGAGAUGGGUGCCGAGGAUUUAGAGUUGCCAUUGUUUGACUUCACAACCUUAGAUAUUGCAACCAAUGGCUUCUCAAAGUACUCCAUGCUUGGAGAAGGUGGCUUUGGGCCUGUCUAUAAGGGUAUGCUCGACGAUGGAAAAGAAAUAGCUGUAAAGAGGCUUUCAAAGGAUUCGAGGCAAGGGUUGAAAGAGUUUAAAAAUGAAGUAUCAUGCAUUGCUCGACUUCAGCACCGAAACCUUGUGAAGCUUCUCGGCUGCUCUGUGCAGGAGGGAGAAAGAAUGUUGGUGUACGAAUACAUGCCCAAUAAAAGCCUGGACUCGUUCAUAUUUGAUAAGACGAAAAGAUACACGCUUGACUGGCCUACUCGGUAUAACAUCAUUAAUGGCAUCGCCAGGGGACUUCUCUAUCUUCAUCAGGAUUCUAGAUUGCGGAUCAUACACAGGGAUCUUAAAGCCAGCAAUGUUUUGCUCGAUCUUGAGAUGAACCCAAAAAUUUCAGAUUUUGGCACAGCAAGGAUCUGCGGAGAGACGGAAACAGGAGCCAAUACAACCAGAGUAGUUGGAACAUAUGGUUACAUGUCUCCUGAGUAUGCAACGGAUGGCAUAUUUUCGGUGAAAUCUGAUGUUUAUAGCUUUGGGGUACUCCUUUUAGAGAUGGUGAAUGGAAAAAGAAACAAAAAUUUUACUCAUCUAGAUCACAAUCUUAACCUUCUCGGACAUGCAUAUAGAACUUAUAAAGAUGGAAAUGUGUUGGACCUAGUAGAUGAGGUUAUUAAAGAUUUAAGCCGUGAACAUCAAUACGAAGUGUUUCGAGCUAUUCAAAUAGGGUUAUUAUGUGUGCAACAAUGUCCGGCGGAUAGGCCAACCAUGGCAACGGUGGUGCUAAUGCUAACCAGUGAGCUUCCCCUGCCUCAACCUAAGCAACCUGGAUUUUUCAUCGAGAGGAAUGUGCACGAAGGAGAUUCUUCGUCGUGUUCAUCCAACUACUGCAGUGUGACAGCUAUAGCUCCUAGAUAAACAUAUUAUUUCUCGUUUUUAUUCUAUUAAAAAAUAUAAAUUAUGAUUGCCGCUUUUAA